AUGCACCAUGAUUGCACCCUGCCGAUUGUCCAUCGAGACCUAUCAAGCAACAACGUUCUAUUGAAUUCGGAACUUGAGGCUAGUGUCUCUGAUUUUGGCACUGCACGAUUGCUGAUACCAGAUUCGUCUAAUUGGACCACACUCGCAGGCACGUAUGGAUACAUUGCUCCAGAGCUUGCAUAUAUAAUGAGGGUUACUGAAAAAUGCGACGUAUAUAGCUUUGGUGUUGUGGCACUUGAAGUGAUGAUGGGAAGGCAUCCUGGGGAGCUCAUCUCCUCCUUAUCAUCACCAAAUAAAGAAGAUACACUACUAAAGGAUAUGCUGGACCAACGUCUCUUCGAUCCAACGGUGGAGGUUGCACAGGAAGUCGUUUUUGCGGUGUCCAUGUCAUUUGCAUGCAUUCGGCUGGAUCCAGACUCUCGGCCAACCAUGCAUCACGUGGCUCAGGAACUAUCAGUUGGUGGGCCUUCUUUCUCUCUAGAGCCAUUCCACGUAGUUACAUUACGUCAACUGAUGAAUCUCAAGGACAUGCCUCCUAGGAGAGCGACCCAGGCAACUCCCGCUCCACCACCUGAGACUCCCACUCUACCACCUACAACUCCCACUCUACCACAAGAGAUCACUCCUCCCCAGCCUGAGGAUGUCGUUGUGAUGGCCGCCCUUCACGGGCAAGGCAAGCACCCCGUUCUUUCGCCAGUUCAGGCAGAGCAGGAGCGCACGAGCACCCUUCGUAGAGAGUUCUGA